GCAGGAAGUGUAUUGGGAUUUGCCUUGGAAAGGGCUAAAGCAGGAGAGGGAAAAGCAAUGUCCAGGCCUGGGCGAGGGAAAGGCAGGAUGGACCUGGGGGAGGGACCACCCCCAUCUCCCAUGGGGAGGGAACUGAGCUACCUGGGAACAUGAUUGGGAAGAACUUGCCCAUUCCCACUCUGGCGGGUUGUCGCACCUUGAGGAAGGGCAUCCUCCCUGACUUCAUCCCUCCAGCCACCUAGGACCAGCUCAGAAUUUCCCAGGGAUUCUCCCUGCUUGUGCUUCCAAAUGAGGAGCAGUAGAGGGAGACUGGGAAAAGCUGCUGGAGGCUUCAGUGGCUGGAGAGCUCCAGGGAGAUGUGGAGGCUGGGUUGGUUCAGUCACUGUCCCACAUGAUCCUAGGGCUGGAGAACCCUCCCAGCCCAGUCCCAGCCCCAUUUCAUUGUCAGACUCUGACCCUGUGUGCUCCCUGCUGCUGGCUCUGCCUUGUGCCUUCAGGGAUCUGGGCUCCUUCCUCUGUGUCCCGAGCCUUGCAGGGUUCACUCAGCCUGUACCCUGGCUCCAAAGUUCAGCCUGUGCCCAAACUCCAAAGAAAGCUCACAAUGGGGGGAUGAGUCUCACCAGGCAAAAACAUGGCUCUGCUGUGCCUCGUCCUCCAUCCUGCAAGGUGACUCUCCCCUGUGCUGGGGGAAUAUUACCCAGAAGAUACAGAGCUGCAAACCUGCAAGUCACUGGAUUGUGGAGCUUGGAGGCACCUCUGGGAUGUCCUGUCCAUCCACUGGCCUAGCAGAGCCAGCUUUAGUGAGUCCAUUGUGGUGGGAUUGCUGAGAUGUGCUGUGCAGGCUCAGGGGUUGGACUCGAUAGUCCUUGUGGGUUCCUUCCAACACAGAGAGUUCCAUGAUUCUUGACCAGGUGGGGUUUGAGAAUCUCCCCAAAUUGAACCUCCCAGCAGCUUGGGAAUCUGCUCUGGUUUGACAGCCCUCACAGGAAAAAAAGGUUUUUCUUUCAAGUGGUAUUUGCUGUUCUUGCUUUGUUCUUGUCUCAGUCCUUACUGGGACGCUCCCCGCUCAAAGGGUUGGCUCCCUGCACCCUCCUGCCAGGGCUUAUGACAUUCCCCUACAUUGAUGACAUUCCCUGCACCCUCCUGCCAGGGCUGAUGACAUUCCCCUACACCUCCAAGCUGGGCACAUCUAGCUCAGCCUCUCCUUGUGGGAGAUGCAGUCCCCUCAUCAUCAUCAGGGAAUAUCCUUCUAUGGAGAUCAAAAAGCCAUUGGGACACAUCCUCCAGGGAACCCUUGUGGAGCAGAGGGGUGGGAUGUGGUGACCUCCUGUUGUGCCAUCCAUUCUGUACUAUCCUGUGAUCAUGAUCAUUAUCACUCAAUCUGCUCCGGUGUGCCCACAUCUCAUACUGGGAGUACCAGCAUCCCCAGUGCAAAGGGGAGGGGUCACAUCUCGGAGAGAGGCUGCCCAUGGCGCCCAGGAGGCCAGUGGCUACUUUGCCAGUGGCCAGCUUGGUGCUGCCAGGUUCCUGGGCAGGGCUCCUGCUCUCCAGCAUGCCUGGACUGGGGGAUGUAGGGCUGCUGGUCCUCACUGGGCCUGGCUUGCACUGGGAGGAGCUGAGCCUGUGUUUUACUGCCCCUGAUGCAAUCCUGCUGCAAUCUGCCUUCCAAGAUAGUUGGCUCAGUGGAAGGAUCUGCCUCUCAGGGCACGAAGGCUGCGGCAGCAGAGGGGAGAGGGGUCCUGUGGGGUAGCAGCCCCUUCCUUUGCCCAGGUAGGGAAACCAGUGGGGUCAGUAGUUGCCAUCGCCAGGCAACACUGGUGGUGAUCUGUGGAGCUCUGGCUACCAAUCUGUGCUUCUUCCAGGCUCAUCAGCCCUCGCUGGGAGUCUGCCAGGAAUGUUUUACCCCAGAACUGACCUGGCUAUGGCCCUGGAGCUGUGCCCCUGCACCCCUUGACAUUCAUGAGCUGGGUGCUGAGAUGCUCCUGCCAGCUGGAGCAGAGCAGGCAGGAUGAAGGCUGGUGUCUUGGAAUCCCCAGGCUCCAGGGGGACCUCAGAGUCCUUUCCAGUGCCUAAAGGGGCUCCAGGAGAGCUGGAGAGGAACUUUGGACUAGAGCUUGGAGUGACAAGACAAGUGGAAAUUACUUCCCAUUGCCAGAGGGCAGGAUAAAAUGGAAUAUUGGAGAUACAGCUGACUCCCAGCUCAGCUGUUCUCUCUGGCCAGAGUGCAGCCCACAGCCAAUCCUGCAUCCAAAGUCUCUCCCACUCUCCUUAUGCACAGGGACUGACAGAGCCCCCAUAUCCCUGGCAGAGGUGCCAGCAUCCCCAACAGGGCUGGCAGCAUCCCUGGCUCAGCAGGAAGUGUUCUCAUCCCCCACCAAGCCAACAUAUUCCAGGGGGCUGUGCCCUGUCCCAGUCACAGUGUCACCCACCGUCCUGUUCUGCAUGGAAAACGGACUGAAGAAGAGAGGUUCGGGGGGAAAGCCGAAGGUGUCCACGGGCACCUGGCUGCAGCUCGCUGCUGAGGUGCCGCCGGUGCUGCUGACAGGACGGCGCGGCGCGGUCCCUGCCGGCGCAGCCGUGCCAUAAACCCGCUCCCUAGCCAGGGAGCCGAUAACAGCGGGGCUGAAGUCCAACGCAGGCAGGUCCAGGGGAGUACAUUCCAGCCCGGGGCCACAGUGUGGCCUCUUCCAGCUCCGUUUUACCGUCGCGGUGGCCGGGAUGGCUGCAGUCAGGCAGGAGAUGCUGGCCCUCCUAGUGCUGCUGGGUAAGCUCUGCCGACAUGGGUGGGGAUUGUGUGGCUGGAGGGAAGGGUCCUCCGUGCUGGCUGCUCCACUCUGGUCCUCCACGGCAGUUUGUCCCAGCACUGGGCCAGCCCACUGGGCUCUCCUGGGGAAUUCAGCCCGGGGUUCCCAGGAUGAGCGGGUGCCGGAGCCCCCAGCACCGGCUGGGGAUCUCCAGUAGCUUUGUUCAGCGUGGGACGGAAACCAUCUAGAUAUUCUUAUUUAUUCCAAAAAGGGGGCUGGGACUGGAAGCAUGGGUGCGAUUCAACAGAGUCAGUGCCCUGGCAGGCUCUGGCACCCCGAAGCUGACGGUGGGAGGUGGCAGUGUGAGAGAUAUGGAGUGCCAGGACAGUGCCGGGGCAGGGAUCGUCCAGGGGAAAAUGCCACUUGGAGCUCAGUACCUGCCCCAGCAGGGUCCCAAACCGAGGUGCCCAGGCAAAUGUCACCUGCAGGUCACACUGCUGCGGGCACCGUGCCUAGUUCCCUGUGGGUUUUCUGCCCCAUUGUCUCUCUCAUAGCCAGAACCGUCCUCCCCAGUGGGUCCGUGGUCGUCAACAGCUGCAGCAGCGCAGCUGAGCAGCUCUGCAACUUCGUCUGUGACUGCAGCGACUGCACGGAUGAGAACCAGUGUGGGUACCUACGGGGCUCAGCAGUGCUGGGCACACCCUUCACCUGUGACUUCGAGGACAGUGACUGUGGCUGGCAGGACGUGGGCACCUCGACGUAUGGAUGGGUGCGAGGCCGGGCUAGCCUUGCCAUGUGGGGCAUGGGGCCUCAUUCAGACCACACUCUGGGCACUGACCUGGGUUGGUUCUUGGUCACCACGUCCUCCCCAGCAAAGACCACGGCCACAGCCUGGCUCAGGUCACCAGAGAUGCGGGAAGCAGCUGCCACAUGUGAGAUCAAAACCUGGUAUCACCUCUCAGGGAGCUGCGAGAGCGUCCAAGGACUGAACCAGACAGAGCGGCCAGUGCUGCGCCUGGCCUUGGCACACAGGGAUGAGGUGGUGGUGCUGUGGCAGAGCCCUGAGCGCAGCAGAGAGGGCUGGCAUCAGCUGGUUGCCUACCCUGGACGGAUCAGGGAGCAGUUCCAGCUCAUCUUCUCCCUGACACAACCACCCACCUGCAGGGCAGAGGUGGCACUCGAUGACAUCAUGUUCAGGAACUGUGGCUUAUCAGAGGUCGGGCAGCAGGCCUGCGGGGCCCAGGAGAGCCACUGCCACAGCGGCUCCUGCCUGGCACAGCAUCGUUUCUGCGAUGGCACCGACGACUGCGGGGACAACUCGGACGAGGGCACAGCGCAGUGCAAGAACUUCACCCGCUGUUCCUUUGACUAUGAUCUCUGUGGCUGGGAGAUGGCAGCCGGGCCACCAGUGUGGGGCAGGAACACGAGCCUGAAACUGGGCACCUCCUACAGCAUUCCCACUCGGGACCACAGCAGCAACAGCAGGGCUGGUUUUUUCCUCCAUGUGAGCAGUGACUCCGCUGCACAGGCUGGUGGCACAGCUCAGCUCAGCAGCCCCACCUUCCAAGCCACCAACUCCUGUUCUCUCGUACUGUACUGCCACCUCCAUGGCUCAGCCACCAGCAGCCUCAUCAUCUCCUAUGUGACCAACUCUACCAAGCACUUGAUGAGGGAAAGGACAGGAGAUUUGGGCAGCUGCUGGAUCCGGGAGAGAGUGGACUUCAAUGUGACGGAUCCUUUCAAGGUGCUGAUCGAGGGGGUGGCUGGCAGCAGGGGGACCGUGGCUAUCGAUGACCUGAUCCUGUCUCAGGGCUGUGUGAAGGAGCAGGAGAAGCCUCUGGUCACACUGCCGAGCCAGGCACAUGCCAGCCCCUGCGCAGCAGACGAGGUGGCCUGUGACAGUGGGGACUGCAUUGCCGCAGAGCUGGCCUGCGACUUCGCUGACACCUGCGCUGAUGGCUCCGACGAGAAGCGUUGUGGGACAACAACCUUCGAGUCAGGGGCUGGGGGCUGGCACGAUGUCAGCGUGGGGCAGCUCCGCUGGGGUCUGCAGAAGGUCACUGAAUCUGACGCCUUCCUCACAGGGACUUUCCUGGCCCUCCAGACAGGAGAAGGACAGAUGGUGGGUCCUGCAAAGGCACAAUCGCCUCUGCUGGGCCCCUCUGGCCCUGCCUGCACCAUGGAGAUGAGCUACUACAUCCACAGUGACCCCCAAGGCUUCCUUGCCAUCAGUGUCACAGAUCACACCACUGGCACCACCCAGCUGGUCUGGCAGACACAACAUCGUGGCAACACAACUGGGGGUCGUGUCUGUGUCCCUCUUGGAGAGAGAAGCCGGCCCUUUCAGGUCGAGCUGCUGGCACUGGUGGAUCUCCGGGGCUCAGCGAGUGUCAGUGUUGACAACGUGACAUUUGAGCAGUGCUACCUCGACGUGGUGUCACCCACAGCUGCAGAGCUGUCCUGCAACUUUGAGAGGGGCAUGUGUGGCUGGUACCAGGAUCUGUCCAGUGACUUCAAAUGGGUCCACAGCACAGGCCAGGGACAGGGCUCUGACCACACCACCGGCUCGGGCUACUUCUUGUCUGUGGACUCUUCUGUGCCAUGGAGCCAUGGACAGCGGGCCCAGCUCCUCAGCUCCCACCAGGAGCCGGCUGCUGCCCCAUGCUGUCUCUCCUUCUGGUACCGCCUGGCGGGACCACAAAUUGGUACCCUGAACCUCAAGCUGCGACCAGAGGGAGGGGAGGAGGUGGUGCUGUGGACCCGCCGCGGAACCCAGGGCAGCAUCUGGCACCGGGCAUGGGCAACGCUGCCCUCCACGGGCCAGCAGCGGUACCAGGUGGCUUUCGAGGUGCUGUAUGACGGUUUCCUGGGGGACGUGGGGCUGGACGACAUCACGCAGACAGCGGGACCCUGUGGGACCAAGCUCUCCUGCUCCUUCGAGGUAGAGGACUGUGGACUGGCAGCCAGCGGAAAGGGCACCUGGCAGCGACAGAGCAACGGCACCGGCUCCACCGUUGGCCCUGUGGCCGACCACACCACCGGCACCGCCGCAGGCCAUUACAUGGUGGUGAACACGGGCAGGGUCUCCCUGCCUGCAGGGCACACGGCUGCCCUCACCUCCCAGCCCUACCAGCCCUCAGUGUCUGCCCAGUGCCUGGCCUUCUGGUACCAGCUGAGCGCUGGGACCCCAGGCUCCCUCAGGGUGUUCGUGGAGCAGAGCAGGGUGAGGAGGAAGGUUCUGAGCGUGAGCACCAUGGAAGGCAGCAACUGGCACCGCAGCCAUGUCACCGUCCAGCCCAAUGGUGACUGGCAGGUGGUGUUUGAGGCAGUGGGAGCUGGGGGUGACCACGGAUACAUUGCACUGGACGACCUGCAUGUGUCAGAGGGAGCCUGCCCCAAGCCAGCAUCCUGUGACUUCGAGCAGGACACUUGUGGCUGGAGCAGCCCUUUGGACUCCCGCUUGCACAGCUUUGCCUGGGGCUGGAAGAGUGGGAUCACCCUGGCCAAGUACCCUGGCCCUGAGCAGGAUCACACCCUGGGUACAAGGAACGGUCACUACAUGCACUUCGACACCAGCGUGCUGGGUGCCAGGGGCACCAGUGCCCUGCUGGAGGGCCCACCCCUGCCCACAGCCACCGACUCCUGCCUGCGCUUCUGGUACCACAUGGACAUCCCGGAGCACCUUUCCAGCGGGGAGCUGCGGGUGACGCUGCACGGCGCGGCGGGGCAGCGCACAGUGUGGAGCGUGGCGGGGCACCGCAGCCGGGGCUGGCAGGGCGCCGUGGUGCCAGUGCAGAACCCCAGUGAGUUCCAGAUCAGCUUUGAGAUCACUACACGGAGGUGGCCGAUGGAGGGGACAGUGGCACUGGAUGACAUCAUGUACAGCACCAGGGUGGGCUGCCACUCCAGCCCGGAGAGUCCGGUGGAAGAGAAGCCCUCCGGCAGUUUCGUGGCGGAGGUGGCGCUCAGUGUGCUCCUGGCCCUCGUCAUAGUGGCGCUGGUUGCUGCUGGGGGCUGGUACUGGCUGAAACAGCGAAGGCUGGCGAGCAGGACACCGACAGAGAACAACAGUUCUCAGGGCUUCGACAACAUCACCUUCCGAGAUGACAAGGUCAUUAUAUCUCCACUGGAGGGGGAUGAGUCUUGAAAUUAGCAGCCAGCAGCAGGAAUUCCCUGCUCCCCCCCAGGCAGAUCACCCCUCGACAUGAACCCACACUCCAUCAGCUGCCUGCUCUCUGCCCCAGGCACCGGGGAGCUGGCAACCCGGGGAGCCUGCCCGGCCCAGGGACACAUCGCUGUCACCACUACCUCCAAGUGCUCGGAAAAAGCGUUUGUGUUGUUUGUAACAUGAACUUUUUGCUUUCAAGACACA